AUGUUGAAUAUCGAUGAAAAUUUCAAUCCAAUGCAAAAGCAUCAAAGCAAUAUGGAUCAACCGCUCGAUUUGACUGUUUCACACGAGCAAAUGAUUAAGAAAAAGAAAUUUACUAUUGAAUAUUUGACAUCAUCGAAUAAUAAUCCUACUCGAUAUCAAUCGUCGUCAAUUACUAGACAUUAUCUACAUUCACCAAGUCCACUGUUAUAUCCUGUUGAAAAUCAAUUAAACCAUAAUGAUAAUCAUGUUUCAAUGAAUUCGAGAUUAAACGAACAUGUAGUUCCGAAUAUUUGUAGUCCUCCAUUAGCUAAUGGAAGGUUAGAAAUGGUCAAUGGUGGGCAUGGAAUUAAAAAUCCUCUGUUUGAUUGUGCAACAGAAGCAUUACAAAUUCAAUAUUCUAAUGAAUUGAAUCAUGGUGAAGAGUUUUUUUGUGGUUUAUGCACAAAAAAGUUUAAGCUUCAACGACUAUUGAAUCGACAUUUAAAAAAUCAUAGUCAAAUUAAGCGAUAUUUAUGUACAUUUUGUGGUAAAGGAUUUAAUGAUACUUUUGAUCUCAAACGACAUACAAGAACUCAUACAGGUGUUCGUCCAUUUAAAUGUGAUCAAUGCGAAAAAGCUUUCACUCAACGCUGUAGUCUGGAAUCUCAUGAACGGAAAGUUCAUGGAUUAAGCCAUAAAUUUGGUUAUAAAAGUCGUCGAAAUAAGCUGUAUGUUUGUGAAGAUUGUGGACAUACAUCAAUUGAUCCAACAAAUCAUUAUGAACAUAUUAAAAUGAUGCAUCCCUUUUCUUCAUUGAUACAUCGUCAAUAUGACCGAAGACAAUUUAAAUUUGAUUCCAAUGCAUCAUCAACGUCAUCGUCAAAUAAUAAUACAUUAAUAAGUAGUACAUCAGAACGAUCCUUUUCGUCACCAUUUAAAAAUGGUAAUGAAUCGGAUUAA